AUGCAAAAGAAGAUUUACGACCCGAAGACAGAUAUUAUAGUUGAAGGCUCUGUGGGAGAGCGGCUUUAUGUCCUCGCUGCUGGAAAAGUUCAGGUGCUUCAAAAUGAACGGGUCGUACAUAAUCAAGGCUCGGAUACAGGCGGAAUCGUUCUUGGAGAACUCGCCUUACUGUACAAUUGCAGAAGAACAGCUACAGUGCGUGCUCUCACGACUUGUACCCUUUGGUUCAUCGACCGAUCGACUUUCAGACAAAUUAUGGUGUCUCAUAAUCAAACCCAGCGGGAAAUGCACAAAUUAUUCCUUCGAAAAGUAUCGCUGCUCAAGACUUAUUCCGACAGAAAGAUAAACAAACUUGUCGAUGCGAUGACAGUUGAAGAGUUUCAGGAUAAUGACGUCAUCACCCGUGAAGGAUCAUACGGUGAUGUUUUCUACAUCAUUCUCGAAGGCCAAGUUGAAGUCACGAAAAAACAAGUUGGCUUUAUCCGAUCCCUCUCCGGCGGUGAAUAUUUCGGAGAAAAAGCCCUUCUGAAUGAAGCCUCAAUCAGAACAGCAACAUGUACGGCGAUCGGCCUGGUGAGAUGCCUGACACUUGACCGUGACGCUUUUGUGACGCUUAUUGGAACAACUGCCGAGCGAAAUUACGACGACGAUCAUAAGCUGUCGAUUUCAUCAAAUAGCUCAGCUGAGUGUCUCACUCCACUGACGCCAACGGGCGCCAUGAUGAUCCAGAGUCUACCAAGCUUUUCUGAUGUUCGGCUUACUGAUCUCAAGCCCCUUGGAACUCUCGGAGUUGGUGGAUUCGGGCGAGUUGAACUUGUCAAGUGCCUGAGGGCAUUGCCCAAUAAGGGCACAAAGCUCCCCUCAAGCUUCGCACUGAAAGUCAUGAGAAAAGAACACAUCGUCGAAACAUCUCAAGAAAAGCACAUAUUCAACGAGCGGGACAUUCUAUUUUCAAUAGAUACAAAAUGGGUUGUCCGUCUUUACAGAACCUUCCGGGACAAAACCUUCAUAUACAUGCUGAUCGAGCCUUGUCUUGGUGGAGAACUCUGGACAGUUUUGAGAAACAAGGGCAGUUUUGCUGAAAAAUGGGCGCGAUUUUAUACUGCUUGUUGUGUUGAGGGUCUUGCAUAUCUUCAUUCGAAACACAUUAUUUACCGAGAUCUGAAGCCGGAAAAUCUGGUUUUGGACAAUCGCGGCUACCCAAAGCUCUGCGAUUUUGGCUUUGCUAAGAAAAUAAAGCCAGGACACAAGGCUUGGACUUUCUGCGGAACACCCGAAUAUGUUCCUCCUGAAAUCAUUCUCAACAAAGGCCACGAUUUUUCGGCAGAUUUCUACGCGCUUGGCAUCUUUAUUUUCGAACUUCUCACUGGCAAUCCUCCUUAUAAUUCCGCAGAUGCUAUGAAAGUUUACAGGAUGGCUUUGAAGGGCUUGGAGUCGUUCCCCUUCCCUGUUGAUAAAAUCAGCAGAUCAGCGUCGCAGAUUAUCAGGCAUUUGGCGAAAGAAUUUCCUUCAGAAAGAUUGGGCAAUGGAAGAAAUGGAAUUCAAGAUAUCAAACGAAAUAAAUGGUUCACGGGCUUCGAUUGGGAAAGUCUUUCGAGUCAAACAAUGGAGCCACCAUAUCUUCCCCAAGUUUCAUCCGCAACCGAUUUGACGAAUUUCGACCAGUUCGACGAUCCAGAAGACGACUUCAUGGCUGGAGAUAACGCUGAAGAGAGCGGCUGGGACAAAGAAUUCUAA